UCCGGAGAACCGGGGAAGCAACAUUCAUGGGGGGGAAUGCCUCGAUGUUCCAGUCGUAAUGAGCCUUUCGCUUAAAUGUUAUUUUCCUUUUUUAAAUUUUGGUUUAACUUGCCCGCUUUCCAACAUCUGCCUUCUUGCUAUUCAUUCUCUACGCUGCCUCCCCACCCCAUUAUUCCAUGCCACUUCCUUGAACAAUGUUGAGCUGGGUUUCUGAGACCCAUUCUUGGUACAAGAAAGAAGACCUUUGAUCCCUUUGAAAAGUAAUUUGGGAUUCCUGCUUCGGACCAAGCCCUGGACUCAAUAUCACCACUGCUGUUCACACCAUCCCUGGUCUUUGAACCCUGAAGCCUGCAUCUUUGUUGAUUUCAUUGAAUAAAUUGGACUUGGAAAGGACAGAGGAGGAAAAAAGCACAUAGUUAAACUCCCACAGAAGGCAGUGAUGGCCACCAACUCGGAUGACACCAAGAGAGGAUUAGACAAAUUCAUGGAGGAGAAGGCUGUUGAUGGCUACUAGCUCUGCUUUCACACUCAGAGGCAGUAAUGUUUCUGAAUACCAGCUGCUGGAAACGGACGAAGGCGGUUGUGCUUUUGUGCUUGAGUCCUGCUUUGAGGGUUUCCCGUAGGAGCACUCGGUUGGCUACUGUGAGGGCAGGAUGCUUGACUAGAUGAGAUAUUUGCUUGAACCAACAGGCUCAUCUUAUGUUCUUAACCUGGUUCCUUCCAGAUGUUUUGGUUUUUAUAACUCCCAUCAACUCCAGCAUAACACAGCCAUGUAGAUACGUUGCAGUGCAAAACAGCUGGGUGGCACCAAAUUCGUGGAGGCUGCUCUCACCAAUUCAUCACACUGCCUCUCAUUAAAAUGCACCAAGCAGAUAAAGGUAGAACUAAGAGCUGGUUGUCUAAACCUGGUGGAGUGGCUACAAGUGUGAACUGGUUCAUCUCUGGUUCAGAUUUCACAUCAGUGGGCAGAGGGUCUGUCCAGACUGGUGUGUGUGUGUGUGUGUGUUCUGCAACAUGGCGCUGAUGCAAUAACAGUGCACCAGUGAUGGAUUUAUACUGGACCAUCCACACUAAACCAUUCCAGUUUAUUGGUUGUUCUACUCUGCUUCCCUUGUGUUGCUGCUGCUUUAUUGCUUUCCAGAGGGGCACUCUAGCACUAUAGUGCAACACCCUUCCUCUCCUACCCAGGACGUUUGUGGUAUAAAAGGUUAUAGGAUAUUACCAGGACAUUACUGGAGAUCCACUGAAUAGAAAUGAAUCAGCAUGCCCACCCUAAAACCAUAGCUGUCAAGUUUUCUCUUUUCUCGCGAGGAAGCCUAUUUAGCAUAAGGGAAUUUCCCUUAAAAAAAGGGAGAACUUGACAGCUGUGCCUAAAACCUUUGCAGGCACAAAUAGUAUUAAAAGCAGGAUCGGUAUAACUGCCCCAAUCCCAUCAUAAAUUUUUGUUGUUGUUGUUUAGUCGUUUAGUCGUGUCCGACUCUUUGUGACCCCAUGGACCAGAGCACGCCAGGCACUCCUGUCUUGCACUGCCUCCCACAGUUUGGUCAAACUCAUGCUGGUAGCUUCGAGAACACUGUCCAACCAUCUCGUCCUCUGUCGUCCCCUUAUCCUUGUGCCCUCAAUCUUUCCCAACAUCAGGGUCUUUUCCUGGGAGUCUUCUCUUCUCAUGAGGUGGCCAAAUUAUUGGAGCCUCAGCUUCACCCAAAAUUUAAAGGACGUGUGGGAGGCCCCUUAGACAAGCCACUCCCUUAGCCUUGAUCCUUUGCAUAUGAGAAUAGUAAUGCUACUGGCCUACCUAGUAGGAGUGUCUCCACCCCCAUCAAUAAGCUGAGGUCUGAGGUCUACCUCUGAGGGUCUUCUGGUGGUUCCUUCACUGCAAGAAGUGAAGUUACAAGGAACCAGGCAGAGGGCCUUCUGGUUGGUAGUGCCCUCCCUGUGGAAUGCCCUCCCAUCAGAUGUCAAAGAGAUUAAGAACUACACAACUUUUAGAAGACAUCUGAAGGCAGCUCUGUAUUGGGAAGUUUUUAAUGUUUGACGUUUUGUUGUGUUCUUAUAUUCUGCUGGAGCUAAUGCGUGUGAAUAGUAGUAGUACUGACCUACCUAAUAGGGUUGCUGGAAGGAUUACUGAGAUAAUGCCUGUGAAGUGCUUUGAAUGCUCAAAUAUGCCAUAUGAAAUGUUGUGUCCUCGUAGUUGCAAUCCAUUUUUCAUGAAUUAGUUGAAUUGCCUUUACGACAGCCCACUAAGCAUCGGAGGAAUUUUAAACUUGCCAUCACUUGAGAGCCCAGUGUGAACCCACCUGCAAUGCUCCUUUCCAAAUCCUAAUAGCAUGAUCCUCCCCCUCUUUCACCUUUUCAUGGAUGUCCAUCACAAAAGAGGAGAGGAGAACAGGUGUUCUCCUGACUCCUUUGGCUUCCUCUGAGAGGAGACACCUGACAAAUCACCAAAAGUUAAUGAUCAAAAAGCUUAUCUGAGCCUUUUCGUUUAUAAAUUUAUAAGACAAAAGAGAAAUAAUAAAGCCACUGGAUAAUUAGUAACCAGCUCAGUCCUGAGGCUUUGGAAAUCAAACUGACCCUAGAUCUCAACACAGACUCUGGGAGAGGUGGAGGGGAAAGGUGGGGUGAUGCAAGGGGUCAUUUGGGAGCCGGGGAACUUUAAAGAUCGACCCCGAAAAGGGGAAAUGAGCAAAGAAAGAUGAUUUGAGGGGGUGGAUGCGGUUAAAAAUGGGAGAAAGAAAGAAACUACAAGACAAGAAGGAACAAUGGUGGAAGAAAAGGACUUUUGGAGUCUUGAGGCCUUUUUCCUUCCACUCACAGGGCUUACUCCCUUGUGGAUUCCAGUCAAGUAUCUACGUUCCUAAUUUCUAUUCUCCUCAUAGUUUAUGGUAGCUUCAGGUCCCUUAACAUGGACUUUGAGAAUCAAGACAAAGAAAAAGACAGCAGCGGCUCAUCUGGGCCCUUCAAUGGCAACAGCACAAAUAACAGUAUCCAGACCAUUGAUUCAACACAGGCGUUGUUCCUUCCCAUUGGGGCAUCUGUGUCUCUCUUAGUCAUGUUCUUCUUCUUCGACUCGGUUCAAGUUGUCUUUACAAUAUGUACAGCAGUUCUCGCAACAAUAGCCUUUGCUUUCCUUCUGCUCCCAAUGUGCCAGUAUUUAACACGACCUUGUUCACCUCAAAACAAGAUUUCUUUUGGCUGCUGUGGGCGUUUUACAGCUGCUGAGCUGCUCUCUUUCUCCCUCUCUGUGAUGCUUGUCCUUAUCUGGGUCCUAACUGGUCACUGGCUCCUCAUGGACGCUCUGGCCAUGGGCCUGUGCGUUGCAAUGAUCGCCUUUGUCCGAUUGCCCAGCCUCAAGGUUUCCUGUCUGCUGCUCUCGGGGCUAUUAAUUUAUGAUGUCUUCUGGGUCUUCUUUUCCGCCUACAUCUUCAAUAGCAAUGUUAUGGUGAAAGUGGCCACACAACCAGCUGAUAAUCCGCUUGAUGUUUUAUCACGGAAGCUCCACCUUGGACCAAAUGUAGGUCGAGAUGUCCCCCGCUUGUCGCUGCCUGGCAAACUUGUAUUUCCAAGUUCCACAGGCAGCCACUUCUCCAUGCUGGGAAUUGGAGACAUUGUGAUGCCUGGCCUCCUUCUCUGCUUUGUCCUGCGUUAUGAUAACUACAAGAAGCAAGCCAACAGCGAUGCCUGUGGUGCUCCAGGACCAGGGAACAUCUCUGGCCGCAUGCAGAAAGUCUCUUAUUUUCACUGCACACUCAUUGGAUACUUCGUAGGCCUCUUAACUGCGACGGUCGCUUCUCGCAUCCACCGGGCAGCUCAGCCCGCCCUCCUCUACUUGGUACCCUUCACCUUAUUGCCACUCCUCACUAUGGCCUAUUUAAAGGGAGAUCUGCGUCGCAUGUGGUCUGAACCAUUCCACUCCAAGACCAGCAGCUCACGUUUCCUGGAGGUAUGAUGGAACGGAUGGAAAGUGACCGGAACUUCUGCCUGGUCCUUUUUUUGUGGCUCACAGCUUGGUUGUCCGUCCCUGUGGCUGGGCUGGUACUCAGGAGAGAAUUACCAGUUCGUGGAACUUGUACAAAUGGACUUGCUUUCUGGGAAAAGGAGGAAAGAGCAAAGGCGUUUUGGUGGUGGUGGUCGGGGGAGUGGGGGCUUCUCCCCCCCCCUUGCUUGGAACUGGAGACAGUUUGCCAUGGCAGCCACCUCCCUCUUCUUCCUUCCCCUCCUCCUCCUCCUUACGGAUUAGUGCUAGGCCAUCCGGUGUUCCUCAGGGGAGAAGGAGGAGGAGGCAGACAGACACUUUCUGGUGAAAACGGCAUAGAGUCAUUGAACCCGUGAACACUAAGAGGAGACAAAUGGUCACUGCGCUUGGAGUUUCUUGGGAAACCCUACAAGUACUUUGGGACCAGUUUUCUGUUGGACUCCGGUUUCAGAGAGAACUGAGACAGAGGUUUUUCUGUCGCUAUAAUCUCCCCCCCCCCAUUCAAAUUUAUUAAAUAUGUUCUGUGGUGUGAGGUGACUUAUUAAAUCCACAGACAUUUGAGUGACUUCUUGCAGUACACAAUAUAAAGACUUUGUUGUAAACAAGUUACAUUUCCACCCAGAUGUCAUGUUGCAGUGAACAAGGGCACGACUUUUAUACACACACAGAAUGCAUACACAGAAACACACACACACACAUGCAAUGGGAAAACCUGCUAGGAUCAUGCUUUGUAGCUGACGGGCUUGCUGUAAUUUUUAGCAUGUAGAGCAGUUUACUCUGGGCUUUCUUGUAUAUGGAUCUGCAAAUAUGCUGCUGUCUUUUCCCCUUCCCUCCAUGAGUGAAGCUUCAGUUAAAAAACAACAACAGUGUAGUAUUUUGUACUUAGUGUGCUCCUGGAUUUUAGGGGAUUCUUUGAUUUUUCAAUCAAUGUAGCAGACUUAGGGGAGGGAGAAAGCUGAAGCCCUUGAACCCCCCCCCCGGCCGAACCCCUAUUUUUGUUUGUGGGUUUGUUUUUUACAACUUAAUCCAUUACAAGUUUUUAGUAGCUCCCCUCUUGACCCCGUGCAUGUAUUAUAGCAGCUGUUGUCUCUGUGCGUUCUGAUCAUAGUAAUGUAUGACUUGUAAAUACAUUUUUUCUAUUUUCUAUUUUUUGUAUUUUUUUUGCAUUGUUUGAUUAGUGUGCUGUAUUUCCCCCCAUUCCCUUACGUUUAAAAAAAAAAGGGAUAGAGAAAGAGAGAGAAUCCUGUCCUCUGCUGUUGUGAUUGGUCAAAGUUUGUGAUGACUGCUUUGUACCUGGGAGUCUCUUAAAACGUGGACUUUUCUAAACAAAUUGUCCUGGCUAUGUUAUUUUUAACUGUUUCAAAGGUUCCUAAGAUGAACUUAUCUUUCCUGUCAAAAAUGAAAGUUUCCUUUCUGCCCACUGGUUUAAAAGACCUGCCCCUGUAAUGGGGUGUGUGCUAGCUUAGCCCUGAUUCUGGGAAUUCCUGGCAUUAGGUGAUGGUUUUAAGACCCUUGUCCUAGACCAGAUUAGGGAAUCAUUUUACUGAAUAUUUUCUCCCCUUCCCCCCUUUUCUUGCUGCUUCCUCAAUUCUUUCUGGGGAGGGCUGUGUCUUCAUGUCCCGUGAGAGCUUUCCAGGAGCAUCUGGCUUGACUACCUUGAGAAACAGGAUACUGGGUGCACUUUUGGCCUGAUCCAGCAGGGCUGGUCUUAUGCUUUAUGAAUUAGAAGCUGCCUUGAGGGAGGAAACAGGACCAGAAGAUAAUAAAUAAAUAUGGAAACCACAUAUUUUUAUUUGUUUAUUUACCACAUUUAUAUCUUACCCUUUCUUCUAUCGUGGAGCUCAGGGCAGCAAAUGUGGGAUCCUGAGGUGGUCUUCUCCUUGCUCCACCCAUGCAUUGACUGAGACCUGCUGAGUUCUUUUCAUUUGCCCUCAUACCAUGCUGAGGGCAAGCAAAAUCUUGGAAGAAAAUGCUUAAAUGAAAUGCUUUCACCUCCAUCUACCGCUGCCUUUUUUUUACGCGUCAAAGGGAGUAGUAUGAGCUGAAAAGUUGGGAUUGGUUGGGUCGUUCCUAAAUUAUUUAGGGAACAGUUGCAUACAAUUCUUGCAUACGACUCCACACGGAAUUAACUAAGCCCUGCUUUAUACUUGCCAAGAACAGUUCUUGACCAUCCUUGUAGACACUAGGAUUAUUAUUAUUAUUUUAAGAUGCAUUGUUUCAGGAGACAUGCUGAGGAACCUCAUUUGAACAGAUCACAGUGUAAAGUUCUAUUGCAAAGCCACAAAUAUUUAAAAUAAUGUUCAUGUUGGUUUGUUCAGCCAGCAGAGCAGGAGACUUGGGUUGCAAAAAAGGAGGGCUGUGUUCAAAAGUUUCAUUUGUGGGGACUGGCAAGGUCCACUUAUAUGCAACAAUACUGAAGACCCAUUCUGUUUGGUCACCUGCAGAGAGGUAAUAUUUUUAUUAAAGGAACAGAACAUCA